GUGUCCCCUAUUGGUGUGUGUUCACUUCUGUCAGGGUUGAGUCAAGAUGGCUGUAAACAUCAGAAAGAGAAUAGAGCAUAAAAUAGGCCACAAAUGAAGUUCCUAACUGUAAAAUAUUGUGCAGAGGUGAAUACCGCGUUUAGCUUGAAUACAAACUCGGUCUGAAACUGUAUUCGUUCUGUGGGGAAAUUAUACUUUCCUAUAUACAAGACGGAAUCACAAACAACUGAGGGGAUCAAGUCUCGUAUGAAUUCCGACGAGAACGAGGACUGUGAGUGUGCGCCACCACAGGCCGAGACUACCCCUGCAGGAGGAUACGACAGAGCACAAGACGAGUCUGACAUAGAAAACCCUGAAGCAAGCCGAAUGAAGCGUGCAGCCGCCAAGCAUCUAAUAGAGCGCUACUACCACCAGUUAACCGAGGGCUGUGGCAAUGACUCCUGCUCAAAUGCAUGGUGUGCCUCCUCCUUGGGCUUCCACCGCAUGGACAACAAUGCAGCGGCUGUCAAGGCCCUGGAGCUCUACAAGAUCAACGCCAAGCUGUGCGACCCCCACCCGUCCAAGAAAGGCACCACUUCUGCCUACCGGGAAAGCAGCAACCACAGCAACUCUGCAUGCAGCAACAGGAAAAUGAACCAUAAGGACAUGCAUUUUGUGAGGGAGGACUUCAAAGACGUCAGUUACCUGACAGAGGAGAAGGUGUACGAGAUCCUCGACAUCUGCGGGGAGAAGGAGGACUUCUCCCCCCUCAUUCGCGUCAUCGGCCGGGUGUUCUCCAGCGCGGAGGGCCUGGUGCAGAGCUUCCGGAGGUCCAAACCCCACACCAAGGAGGAGCUCAAGUCCCUCCAGGGCAAGGACGAGGACAAGGACGAGGAUGAGAAAGAGGAGGCGGCGUGUUCGGCCACAGCCAUGGAGGAGGACUCCCCAGCCUCCUCCUCGUCCUCCAGGCUGGGGGAAGGCGCCUCCCAAGGGGACAGCGACGUCCACAAGCUGGGCCCCGACGAGGUGUCGGUGGACAUCGACGCCAUCCGCCGGGUCUACUGUCGCCUGCUUUCCAACGAGAAAAUCGAAGCGGCCUUUCUGAACGCUCUGGUUUACUUGUCACCGAACGUCGAAUGCGAUCUGACGUACCACAACGUUUAUUCCCGGGACCCUAACUACCUGAAUCUGUUUGUCAUUGUCAUGGAAAACAGCAACCUCCACAGCCCAGAGUACCUGGAGAUCGCCCUGCCCCAGUUCUGCAAGGCCAUGAGCAAGCUGCCGUUGCCGGCCCUGGCCAAGCUGGCCCGCCUGUGGUCGUGCUACAGCGCCGAGCAGAUCCGCCGCAUGAUGGAGACCUUCCAGCAGCUCAUCACCUACAAGGUGAUCAGCAACGAGUUCAGCAACCGCAACCUGGUGAACGACGACGACGCGGUGGUGGCCGCCACCAAGUGCUUGAAGAUCGUCUACUAUGCAAACGUCCUGGGCGGGGACUUGGACAUGGAGCACAACGAGGAGGAGGACGACGAGCCCAUCCCCGAGUCCAGCGAGCUGACCCUGCAGGAGCUGCUGGGGGAGGAGCGGCGGAACAAGAAGGGCCCCCGGGUGGACCCCCUGGAGACGGAGCUGGGCAUCCGCACCAACGACUGCCGGCGGCCGCUCAUCCCCUUCGAGGAGUUUGUCAACGAGCCGCUGAACGAGGUGCUGGAGAUGGACAAGGACUACACCUUUUUCAAGGUGGAGACCGAGAACAAGUUCUCCUUCAUGACCUGCCCGUUCAUCCUCAACGCCGUCACCAAAAACCUGGGCCUGUACUACGACAACCGCAUCCGCAUGUACAGCGAGAGGCGCAUCACCGUGCUGUACAGCCUGGUGCAGGGCCAGCAGCUCAACCCCUACCUGAGGCUGAAGGUUCGCAGGGACCACAUCAUUGAUGAUGCCCUGGUCAGGCUUGAGAUGAUAGCCAUGGAGAAUCCUGCAGACUUGAAGAAGCAGCUGUAUGUGGAGUUUGAAGGAGAGCAAGGUGUAGAUGAAGGUGGCGUUUCCAAAGAGUUCUUUCAGCUGGUGGUGGAGGAGAUCUUUAACCCAGAUAUCGGAAUGUUCACGUAUGAUGAGCGAACAAAGUUGUUUUGGUUCAACCCUUCCUCGUUCGAGAACGAGGGUCAGUUCACCCUCAUCGGCAUAGUCCUGGGCCUGGCCAUAUACAACAACUGCAUCCUGGAUGUUCACUUCCCCAUGGUGGUCUACAGAAAGCUCAUGGGCAAGAAAGGAACCUUCAGGGACCUCGCAGACUCAAAUCCAGUUUUGUUCCAGAGUCUUAAUGAGCUGCUAGAUUACGAGGGCAACGUGGAAGACGACAUGAUGAUCACCUUCCAGAUCACCCAGUCGGACCUCUUUGGGAACCCCCUCAUGCAUGACUUAAGGGAAAAUGGGGACAAGAUCCCGGUCACCAAUGACAACAGAAAAGACUUUGUGGCUCAGUAUGCAGAGCACAUGCUCAACAAGAGUGUGGAGAAGCAGUUCAAAGCCUUCAGGAGAGGCUUUCACAUGGUCACCAACGAGUCGCCCCUGAAAUAUUUAUUUCGGCCCGAGGAGAUAGAGCUUCUCAUCUGUGGAAGCAGGAACCUAGACUUUCAAGCACUUGAAGAAACAACAGAGUAUGACGGAGGCUAUAACAGAGAUUCCCGGAUCAUCAAGGAGUUCUGGGAGACGUUGCACUUGUUCGGUGAGGAGCAGAAGAGGCUGUUCCUGCAGUUCACCACAGGCACAGACCGCGCCCCUGUGGGAGGCCUGGGCAAGCUCAAGAUGAUCAUCGCCAAGAACGGCCCCGACACAGACAGGUUACCCACGUCUCACACCUGCUUCAACGUGCUGCUGCUUCCAGAGUACAGCACCAGGGAGAAGCUGAAAGAGAGACUGCUCAAAGCCAUCACCUACGCCAAAGGGUUCGGCAUGCUCUGAGGCCGUGCCCACAUACACUGCAAAAGGACUCCUUUUCAGAAUGCCCCAUGUUCAUCCCGCCCCCCCGCCCCCUUAUUAUCUGAAAAAGAAACUAUGACAACACCGAUCAUGACAGAUUCCGAAAGGUCAGAAAAUAAGCAAGGAAUGGUUCAUAAGGUAGAGCGCUCUAGUAGUCCUCCCAGAUCAGUUGGAGCAGAGAAACAUGAAUGUGUUCCGACAGCCCCCGCCCCCCCCCCCCCCCCCCCCCGCCACCACGUUGUGUGAAUGAGUUCCACACCCACACGUUUCUUUGUACAGAGAGGAUUUUUUCCCCCCCUUAUUAUUAUUUAUUUUAAGGUUGAAAUCAGUUGUUUUUUCACGCUGCCUGGAUUGUCCCAAAUUUUAUUUGGUUGGAAGGCAAGGACUGGGUUUAUUUGAUGUGAUUUGGGAAAAUUAACAAACAAAUAAACAAGACCCUUGCCAUUUGUAUGAUAUCUGUUGUAUUCAUGCAACCCCCCCCCCCCCCUGCACUGUUUGUCCUCAAUGUAACUCCACCUGAACCUCCCUCCCUGAUAAUAAGCAGCGGUUUUGACUAUUAACGGUAUAGAAAGUUCUUUGAGUAGUCUGCGGCACCUCAAAAUCAUAUCUUCCUCAUUUUUAAUAGCCACUUGGCUUAAAACCGUGGUCUAUCAAUUGCUGUUUUUCAUGGUUAAAAAAAGAAUAUGUUCUGAAGUUCCAUUUCAUUUUUCUAACAUCUAUUCUCAUUCAAAACGGAAGACGAUUCAAAUCCUGUCAGAGCUGUUGUAAGUGCACUUAGACAUUUUCAGAAUGUUAUUUAAUUUUUUUGGGGGGGAGCAAGUUGCCAUGAUUGUUUUUUUUGUUUGUUUCUUCUAAAGUCUUCCUGUGUUGACCGUUUCAAAACCAGUAUUGUAAUUCCUCAGUGCAGUUCUCACCAGAAUACAAUUUAUUCGAUAUAUCUGGAUAUCCAAAUGUAGACUGAACUCAUAUAUCCCAGCUGUAGCUAGAGCAGCACCCUCCAACCAAGACAUUGUGUGUAAAAAAAAAAUAUAUAUCUACAUUUGCCAAGCGUUACUGAGCUUUGGUCCCUGUGGUCACUGAUCUGUAGGAUGCGUCUCUGUAAAUGACUCUUAUGGCUGCAUUUUUUUUUCUUUUUUUUGGUUGUGUUGAUUGGAAAGCCAACUGUGAAAUUCCUUUUCAGCACUGGCAGUUAUUUUCAUGUCUAUUUUUGGGUUUGGACAGUGUGAUAGGGAUGUAAUCACUGCUUAAAGGAUUGAGGUGAUCCUUGAUGCUGUCUUCAUUCAGUCUGUCCAUCUGGGAAGACAGCUUUCAGUUAGCUGACAGUAUGCCACUAAAAGGUGCUCGGGGCUGUUACUGAAGAGCCAGGCCUCAAACAGGACAGAAUUUCAACCCCUUUUUUUUCCCCUGAGCCUUUGUCUCUUUCCAUCGCUGUCUUUUGUUUUGCUUUCCGCUGUCCCUCAUUUCUUUGUACCUCUGUUUUGUACUGCUGAAGAUGCUGCUCACCCGAACAGGAUUUAAGGACUCUAGGGCCAAGUGAAAGUCAAAGGUGAAACGUUCAUCUUGAACUCUGGAAGGGGAGGAAGCAGUUGGUUGGUUGGAGGUGGGUAAGAAUUGACACACAAAAAAAAAUUGGAUGAAAGACUAAAAGUAUCAAGUGUUGUGAAAACAUGCUAAAUAAAAGUGACUGCUCUUUUCCAACUUG